CAUUAGAAAAUGAAAUCGGCGAUACAUAUAAAAGGAGAAACAGUAGUAUACGUUAAAGCGUUCUUAGGUAGAAAGAAACAGUUGACGGUUCACCCACCGUAGAAAUUUUCCGUUUUCCACACCCAAACCCACACCGUACGAACUGAUGCCACUGCAUUCACAGCUAUUUAUAGCUACUUCACACCAUUAAUAAUUUUCUACCUCACUUCACAAUUUUGGUGAGAAUUAAUCAAUUUCCAUGGCUUCCAACGCUAACGAAGUAGCAGUUGAUAUGACCCCUUUUUUCGUCCUCUACAAAAAUGGCACCAUCAAUCGACUCCGUCCAGCAGACAAUGCUCCGCUUUCGAACGAUCCACAAGCUCCUGUCCGAUCCAAAGAUGUCGUAGUUCACCCGGAAACAGGGGUUUCCGUACGUAUGUUUCUUCCCAAAAUUACCGACCCCAAACAGAAAAUCCCCGUCGUAAUUUACAUUCACGGUGGGGCUUUCUGUAUGGGAUCAGCUCGUUCCUCCACAUUCCAUAAUUUCAUCAGCUCUGUAGUCGAAAAGGCCAAUUGCAUCGCUGUUUCAGUCGAAUAUAGACUUGCCCCGGAAAACCCUUUUGAUACUACCUACGAUGAUUCGUGGGCAGCAUUUCAAUGGGUAAUUUCACAUGCUAAUGGAAAAGGUCCAGAUUCAUGGCUAAAUGAUCACGCUGAUUUCGCUAAACUGUUUGUUGGUGGAGAAAGUGCUGGAGCAAAUAUUGCUAACGACGUUGUUGUUAGAGCAGGGGUAACUAAUCUCGAUUCGAAUAUCAAAAUUUUGGGGCUUUAUUUGGUUCAUCCGUAUUUCGGAAUCGAAAACGAUAAACUGUACAAGGCUUUGAAUCCGACAAGAAAUGGUGGAUGCUUCGAAGAUCCGAGGGUAAAUCCAUUGAUAGAUCCAAGGUUGAAAUCAAUGGCGUGUAAGAAAACUCUGUUUUUCGUGGCGGAGAAAGAUCCUCUGAAAGAAGGGGCAAUGAAUUAUUAUGAGGGGUUGAAGAAGAGUGAGUGGAAUGGAGAAAUUGAGGUAAUGGAGACGAAAGGAGAAGGCCAUUGCUUUCAUUUCUUUAAUCCUAAAUCGGAAAAAGCUGAUGAACUUGUGAACAAGCUAGUUGAUUUCUUGAAGCAACAUUAGUAAGGUUAUUUUACCUGAAUUCUACUACUUUCUUUUUACAUAUAUUUAAAUAAUGUAACAUGUUGAUUUUGAGUUUUAGCAAUAGAUUUAAGACCAAUAAUCCCAGAAGUAAGUUUUCUUGUAAAAGCUAUUCGUAUGUGAUUACAAGUGGAAUAGCAAGAGCUAGAUCAAAUGUUAUCGUUA